UUUAAAAAAAAUACACCAUCAGUAAAUGCAUGACCAGACAACUGUGGAAUAAAUAGUGCAGUUUAUCAAAGUACAGCAUUUAUGUUACUUGCGCAAGAACCUCACUGCCCUCUGCAAUAAAAUCUAAUUGCAGCAAUUUGCUUGGACUGAGUACAGUAAUGAGGUGCCUGGUCAAAGGUCUUUCCAAUGUUGAGAAUGAAGAAAGAUUUCCUGCAUUAAGUGCACUUAUUUAAACAUACAAAAGACCCGAGGAAAACUUACCACCUUGAAAGUGUACGGCAACCAUGAAGAUCAACGUGCUCACUGCACAAGACCUGCACCAAUACACAAAUGCCGUGUAUACGAGGAUGCCUCUUGUGCAGUUUGCGGAAUGUGAGGUGGAAUCCUAUUCUGAAUAGCUGAACAGUUUUUAAUUGGGAGACGUUUCAGUUUUGAGUGCUCUUGAGACUCAACAUGGAUGUUUUAGGAGAAAAGGAAGCCCUGCAGCAGUUUUUUGAUGGUAAAGAUGUCACUGGAGAACUGGAGAAUCUUUUUGUUGACACCAGUAUGUUGGAAGCAUAUAUUAGUAAUGAGUUAGAACCAGGACCAAUCACGUUACCAGAUUCACCACCAGAUUCUGUUUCUGAAUGCUGUUCCCCUCCACAAAUAACAGAUGUGCAGUGUGGAGAUACGUGGACUGAUGGGAUCCACCCCCAAAUCCGACAGGCUUCUUCAAUGAGCCAUCAUAAAGUUCCAUGUAGAUUUAGUGAGAUGGUGGUGCCUACUCACUCUAACUUGCCACAACAACACAAACAGAAUGGACUUCGGGAACAUUCCAUGAAGUCUCUUGUGAACAUGCCUCCAAGCAACUGCUCAGUAUCUCCAAGUUCCGUGUGCCUACCAAAUCAUCCUGUCCAACAGAGUACCAGUCACCCUUCCGAAAUUUUCAUUCCGCAUUCAAACAAAAGAAAACGUUCUGAGUUCUUCAAGGAUGCUUCUGAAGAUGUGUGGAAUGACAUUCAAAGCAAAGAAGACUGCUUAUGA